CUGUCUACAUGCUGUUUGGCCAAUUUUAAUUAUUUGGUCAUGAUUUUGCCACUUUUUAACUUGUUUUUAAUAAUAUGUAUUUUCUUUUGUAGUUUAUCAGAGUUAUCUUUAGAUUCAACCCUUCAUACCAUCAAUCUUCACUGCAAUAAUAUCUCCAAAAUCAAAGCCAUUGAUCAUAUUUGGAAUUUACAACAUUUAGAUCUGUCAUCUAAUCAAAUUAGUCAAAUAGAAGGGCUAAGCACAUUGACAAAUUUAUGCACUUUGAAUUUGUCCUGCAAUUUGAUCACAAGGAUAGAAGGACUUGAAGAACUAAUUAAUCUGACUAAACUGAAUUUAUCCUAUAACCAGAUAAAUGAUCUUAGUGGGUUGAUCCCCCUUCAUGGAAUUAAGCAUAAGCUUAGACAUAUUGACCUACAUAGUAAUUGUAUAGAUAGUAUCCAUCACUUACUUCAAUGUAUGAUAGGAUUGCACUUCCUGACUAAUCUUGUUUUGGAAAAAAAUGGAGAUGAUAAUCCUGUCUGUCGUAUACCAGGGUACAGAGCAAUUAUUCUCCAGACUUUGCCACAGCUUAGAAUCCUGGACUGCAAGAACAUAUUUGGUGAACCAGUAAAUUUGUCAGAAAUAAAUUUAUCCCACCUACAGUGCUUAGAAGGUCUUUUGGAUAGUUUAGUUUCUUCUGAUUGUCCCCAAAAUAUAAGUGAAGAAGAGACCAUUGAUAGUAUGCCAGUGGUAGCGCCACACAUCGAUCAUGUAGUACCUUUGGAUCAGUUUGCAUGCACACCAACAGAUACUGCUUUGACGUCCAUUGAUUCUGUGUGUCCAUCUUCUGAGCCAGAGAAAAUUAAUCCUGAAGAUUUUCAGAAUGAGAUGAAACUUCACAAAAUAGAUGAUCAGAUUGCACAGCUUCUCACUGACACAUCUAAGUCUUUAAUAGAUAAUGUUCCUGAGAAAGACUUCAGACCAAAAAGAGACACAGAUGUGACUUCUGAAAGUGACUCUGGAAACAGAAAAGAAAUCAAUAGAAAAAUUUGUCGGAGACCAAAAAUCCCAUAUUCCAAAACUACUCAAGCUAUUAAACACCACAGUAAAAGCAGCCCUUUUAUAAGUUGUAAUCGGAAAAUGAAACAACCUUACUUUAAAGAAUUAUUUGUAAGAUCAUCUUUAGCAAACUCUAAUACAUUGGCAGAAUUGGAAGAACCGGGAACUGAAAUAAUGAAAGUAGACAAAAGUAGUUCAGAAGACAUCACUUACCGGUCCCUUGUUGAACAACUAGAUCAAGAGAGAGAGAAGAGAUGGAAAGCUCAACAAACUGAAAAGAAACUUAUUGAUUAUAUUGGUGAACUUCAUAAGAAUGCAAAAGAAAAGAAAGAUGUCCAUAGCUUGGCCCUACUUACCACAGAUAGGCUAAAAGAAAUUAUUUUUAAAGAGAGAAAUUCCAAAGUACAACUCGAAGUUAUGGUUCACACACUUCAGAAUGAAAUUAAAAAACUAACUAUUGAAUUACUUAAAGCAAGAGAUCAACAGGAGGGUCACCUUAGAGAUUUAAGAACUCUGGAAACAGCAUUAGAAAAAUUGGAGAGGCAAAAAUUUCAUCAGCAGGCGGCACAGGUAAGACUUUUUCAAGAGGUAGAGCUCAAGGCUUCAGCUGCUGAUAGAGAAAUUAACUUACUUAGAACUUCCCUUCAUCAAGAAAAGGAAAAGUUACAACAGCUUCAUGAACUUUUUGCACUGAAAGAACAAGAACACAGGAAGGAACUUGAGACAAGGGAGAUUUUCAGUGAAGCUGACUUCCAGAAUGCCUUAGCUAAGGAAAUAGCCAAGCGGGAGAACAAGCAUGAGCAAGAUAUAAAAGAAUACCAAGAGAAAAUCGAUAUGUUGAUCCAGCAGUAUAUGGAUUUAGAAGAUGAAUUCCGUAUUGCUUUAACUGUUGAAGCCAAAAGAUUUAAAGAUGUUAAAGAUGGUUUUGAAAAUGUUGCAACUGAAUUAGCAAAGAGCAAACAUGCUCUUAUUUGGGCUCAACGAAAAGAAAAUGAAUCUUCCUCUUUAAUUAAAGAUCUAACCUCUAUGGUGAAGGAACAAAAAACAAAACUUGCAGAAGUUUCUAAAUCAAAACAGGAAACAGCAGCAAAUUUACAGAAUCAGAUGAACACUAUUGAACUUUUGAUUGAAGAUGACAAGCAGAAGAGUAUUCAAAUAGAACUACUCAAGCAAGAAAAAGUCCAACUUAUUUCCGAGCUAGCUGCCAAGGAAUCACUAAUUCAUGGCUUAAGGACAGAAAGAAAAGUAUGGGGACAUGAGCUGGCACAACAGGGAGCUUCUUUGGCCCAAAAUCGAGGCAAUUUAGAAGCCAAAAUUGAAAAUUUAUGUAGAGAGAAUGAAACUCUACGAAAGACAAAUGAACGUGAUUGUGAUGCUUUAAGAAUUAAGAGUAAAAUCAUAGAAGACCAAACUGAAACCAUCAGAAAAUUGAAAGAUUGUUUACAGGAAAGAGAUGAAGACAUCAAAACUUUACAAGAGAAGAUCUCUGAAAUACAAAAAUGUACUCAAGAACAACUUGAGGAAAAAUCUUCACAACUGGAUGUUGUAAUUGAGAAAUUAGAAAGGCAUAAUGAAAGAAAAGGAAAACUAAAACAACAGUUGAAAGUAAAGGAAGAAGAACUUGAAGAAAUUAGAAAUGCUUACAGUACCCUUAAUCAGAAAUGGCAUGAUAAAGGAGAGCUUCUAAGUCAUCUUGAAAUACAAGUAAAAGAAAUGAAAAAAAAAUUUGAAAACAAAGAAUUGAAACUUAAAGAAGAAAGAGACAAAAGUAUUGAAAUGCAAAAGAAUGCUCUAGAAAAACUGCAGAGUAUGGAUGAUGCCUUUAAAAAACAAGUCGAUGCAAUUGUUGUAGCUCAUCAGGCUGAAAUAUCACAACUCUCAAGUGAAAAGCAGAAAUGCAUUGAAUCUGCAAAUGAAAAGGUUUACCAAGUUGAAGAAGAAAUGCGUGGACUUUUGGAAGAAACAACCAAAAACAAAAGAGCAAUGGAAGAAAAAAUUAAGCAACUGGCUUUUGCGCUAUGUGAAAUCCAGCAAGAAUUGUGAUGGUUUUGAGAACAUGCCUAAUUGAAAUGGACCAGAAAACCUGUUGUAAAAAUGAUUAAAUACUGUAACAGUAGCAACUGCUGUGACUUUGAAAUUUGUCUUUCUACACUUCGUUCUGAAUAUAUUUUCAAAGACUUGUGAUCAAGUAUUUAUUAAUUGUAUAUACAGGUGUUUAUAAUAAAUUGUUAAUAGUUAUGUGUAUUAGAAAAAAAGCCUAGCAGAAUAACUAGACUUAAAAACUUUUUCUUGUUUUUGUGCUAUAUAUUAUUUGGUAAUUACAUAUUUGCCUGUAAAUAUAUAAAUGAAAAUACUAGUACUUUGACUAUACAAGGGAAAGUAUUUUAAUCGUUGCUAGCUUAUUGUGUUAUUGAAGAACAAAUGACAUUUAUUGGUUGUCAUUUAGUUGUUGUACCCCUGUUCUUUUAAAGUGUUAGAGCAUAAGUAUAGCCAAAAAGUAUUUGAAAUCUGUAGGAUAAAAGAUGUGGCAUUCUUAAGAAAGUAUAUGUAUCCAUCUCCACAU